AUGGACGUAGAGAUCCAAGGCUCGUCGAAAGGACACUCGCAGUUCAAGGCCGAGGUGAUGCACUUCAACCUGGUAAAGCUCCGGGGCUUUUGCAUCCAGGGACCAGCCGGAUUGCUUGUCUACGAGUUCAUGCUCAAUGGAUCACUGGACAAGUUGAGGCUUGACAUCCAGGUGAUCCCGGCAAUCCUUCGUGGAGGAACUCCCGGAUACAUGGCACCCGAGUUGAUCCACACCAAAGUCACGGACAAGACCGACGCCUACAGCUUUGGAAUCGUGCUGCUCGAGCUCGUCAACACCAAGCGCACCGUCCAGUUCCAUCCUCAAUCAUCUUCUUCCUCCUCAUCCCCCUCACAACCGCGGUUCCUGGGCGAAACCGCUCUGAGCAUGUUUCACAGUGGUAUCGUCGUCGAGCUCAUUGACGAAAAGCUCCUGGACGAUGAUCUCGCCAGCACUAGUAGUGGCUUGGAGCUCAAGGACGCCGAGAGGUACGUGAAAAUCGCAUCUGAGCCGAGGCUGCAAUCCGCCCCUCUAUGA